AUGGCCUCUUCAGACCAAGCGUCAGGAUACUCGGUGACACCCACUCAAGGACGCUUCAACAUUCGACACACCUCUAGGAAGAGCGAUGACUUUUCCGCCUUCACACGUCCCUCGGUCAAAGAUGGCCGCUCGUUAUCUGGAGGAAGUGCACAAUAUGGUCAGAAAGCCUUUAUCUCCUCCCUCACCCCGACCAAUCCUCCCGGUAGCUUCAGCACCGACCUGAGAAGCGCCAUGCAGUCGGGAAGGACGACGCCUCAGACCGAAGUUGCAGGUGUAACCUUCUCGCGGUUGCCACCACCAUACAAGGACGGGGAUGGGCAGAUUACAUCCGAGCAGCGACAGGCUGCAGUGCGUGACAAGAUUGCAAAGGAGAUGAAGAUAAAAUUGGGGACUGAGAACAUGCUUGAAGCGCUCCUCAGCAAGAACAACAAGCAGACAAAAGAACAGCGACAGCGGGUGGAGAUGGAGCUGGGCUCUUCCAACAGGAAGUUGGCUGAAUUGAAGCAAGAACUCGACCAGGAAAUCAUGCGCUCUCAGACUCCCACGACCCCUCCGCAAACCAGGCUCUCCAGCUAUUUUCGAGGCAGUCCAUUGAAAACCCCUCCACUUGGUCAGAACCAGGAGCAGAUGCUUGCGGAAUCUAUCGACAGCGAAUCGCCCACAGUGGUCUUGACUGAGACGCUCCAGCAGCUUGAGGCGGGCGGAAUGCCUCCAGACUAUUACAUUGAACGCGCAAACGCGCUUGUUGAUCUCCUGAAGCGCAAUCCGGGCCUGAAGUAUGACCUCGCCUGGAAAGACUUUAGUGUGCGUGUUCAAAUGAUGUUGCUCAGCGAGAGCUCAGAUGUCAUCGCCGCAGGCUACAGAGUGACUCGCCAUGCAAUCGCCGAUCGCAAGUCGCUACAGACCAUUCGAACGCUCCACACCGACGAACUCGUCAUUUUGUCCAUGGUCAAGAAAGCCAAUGCCUUACUGGAACGAGAGCAAGCCGUCAAGUUUGUACGAGCGUUCUUGGACGUCAAAGAUGGUGUCUAUGAGAUAUCUCGCGCCGUGGUCCGAAGCAUAGUUGCCGUUGCCGAAGCUGCUGAUGACCGGUUGAAGGAUAUCUGCCUGUUGACGUUGGCAGAGCUUUUCACAAAGCAUACAGAACUUGUCGUUUCAGCGAACGGCAUGAGCACCCUUACCGAGGCGCUGGCAGAUGGAUCCUUCCCUGCCCCAGAAGGCCUGGUGGCUAGCUUCCUCCAUAUCCUUGACCACCCUCAACAACGCAAGUAUCUGCACACUGGCCGAGAGUUCGAAGCAAUGUUUGCGCCUUUCACCGACCCGUUACUGCUCAAUGGCAAUGAGGAGAAGCUCAAAACGUGUGCUCAGGCAAUUGCCGCAAUGCUCAAGACUUGGCCUGGCUUCCUCCUCCUCGCCAUGAAUGGUGCUUCACCUCUGCGGUCGCUGAUAGAUUCAUUGGUCUACCCCAUCACUCAGUCGCGAGAUAUCGUUCUGGAACUCUUCUUUGACAUUCUCCGUAUCAAGCCGCCUUCUUGGUCAAGCUCAUAUCUCGCGGGCAGGAGACUCACCACUUACGGGAGGAUCAACACAUUGCCGGCCGAGCAGCCCUCGCAACGACAACUGGUGGAUUACAACGCCGAAGGCAGGUUUGAUUUGACGUGCCACUUCUCAGCCUUUGUGUUGGCCGCCCUCUUGAAGGCUGGCCUAAUCCCUGCUCUGGUAGAUUUGAUCAAGCUUGAGGAGGAUCUGGCGUUGAAGAGGAAGACGACACUCCUGCUCACCGAAGUGCUGAAGCUUGCUCACCACACCUUACCCCAGGCUAUGAGCUCCGGCGUUCAGGUUCUAGGCGACCUUGUGCCUAAUGUGCCAGAUUACGGCUCCGAAAAAUCAGCUAUCAAUCUGAGCAUGAUAUACCAGAUUGACAGCAUCAAUCGCGCGCUCAACAAGACCUCUGCCUCAGCGUUCGGGCGAGGCGAACAUGUUGAUGAAUUGGCUGUCGGACCACAGACCAACGAGAGAUCCAAAUACACCGCGUUGAUGGACGGCGACCAAUUCCGGCAAGCCAUGGCCGACAGUCAGGUAACAGGCCAUUCGCAGUAUAUAAAAUGGAAAUGGGAAAUAAUCCAAGGCCUGGUCGAAGGUCCGCUGACAGUCCCGAAGAGGUUGGAAGAAGCGAUCAGAUCGCCGAAAUUUAUGAAGAGGCUUGCGGGAUUCUUUCGCCCUUUCAAAUACAGGUUUUCCACCAUCCGGAACACCAGGCCUAACCAACGCUAUGUUCGCACGGGUUGUGCGUUGAUGAGAACGUUGACUCAAACCUCAGUCGGAAUCCAAUAUCUCGCCGAGAACAAGCUGUUACGGCAGAUUGGAGAGUGCCUUGCACAAGUUGAUCCACACAGCGGGAUCACUUCGUCGAAUCCAUUGUUUGAGCGUCAUAACAUGGCUGAGACUUUGAGUGGGGGUUAUUUUGCCAUGCUCGGUGCCUUGAGCCACUCUGCCGAAGGAAUGCGGCUGAUGGAGCAGUGGCACAUGAUGGAUAUUUUCUACCAUCUUGUCGAGUUAAGAGAUCGCGAUGACCUGAUUCGCGCACUUCUCGGAAACAUGGACUACACCCUCGAUACACAUCUGCGGGUCAUCCUUUCCAAAGCUCUAACAUCUGGAGUCAAAGACAUUCGCCUCUUCGCCACUAAGCUUCUUCGGCGCUAUGCUGUUGGGCGGGUCCAGUAUUCCUCUGGAUUGCAAGACCGCUCAAGCUCUCACUGGGCCGUGCGACUUGUGCUCACACAGCUGUACGACCCAGACGUCGAAGUCUGUGAGGUCGCAGUCAAGAUUCUGGAAGAGGCUUGCAAUCAACGUAGCCAUCUGGAGUAUGUGGUCAAAUGCAGGCCAUCGCUCGAUCACCUGGGCGAGCUAGGAGCGCCUCUUCUCUUGCGCUUCCUGUCCACCUCUGUCGGCUACCGAUAUCUCAACGGGCUCGACUAUAUCACGCAGGAAAUGGACGAUUGGUUCUUGGGCCGCAACGACGCGUAUGUUGCCCUGGUCGAGGCUUCUAUCCUGCGAGCAUAUAUGGACGGCAACACCCACAAGGUGCAGUUCAACGACGAAGCUGUUGUCGACUUGCAUGAAAUUGGGAUCGCACCCCCGCAUUUCUAUCGCGAACUCGCGAGGACGGAGGAAGGAUGCAGAUUGCUGAAGCAGUCUGGCCAUUUCUACGAGUUUUCAUCCACCAUUCGAGAUUUCCGGCUCGACGAGGAGGAUCCGGAAGUCCUGACGAAAGUGAAAGGGUGUAUGUGGGCCGUGGGCAAUAUAGGCUCGAUGGACCUGGGCGCGCCAUUCUUAGAAGAGGCGAAUGUGGUCAAUACCAUUGUGAGGAUCGCAGAGGGGGCGGAAGUCAUGUCGAUGCGCGGCACAGCUUGCUUCGUCCUCGGUCUGAUAUCACGCACACUUCAUGGAUUCGAGAUGCUUGCAGAGAGCGGGUGGGAGACGACACUAGACCCGCGAGGACGAUCCCUUGGUCUGUGUUUACCCCGUAAUCUCGAGACUUUGUGCUUGAAAUCGAUUGGGUCUUCGACUGUUCCGCAGUCGCCAUCGGCACAGGACGAUGUCAAAUACAAAACCGCUACAACAGACGACAACCCGGUCCGGGCCAAAAUACUCAAGUCCAUUGUGGAGAUGGGUAACUCAGUCAUGUACAAAAAGGCCGCUGGCGAUCUCCAUACCCUCAAGGUUAAACAACCCAGUCAUUUCGGCGAUACUGAGAUGUUUCGAAAGACGCUGGUCAUUCUGGAGAGCCAUCAUUACCGCCUGCAAGCACGGCAUUACAUCUUGAACUUGUUCAACAAGGGUGUGAUGCGGAAGAUUAUUUUCGAUGAAGAGAUGGGCGACUCCACCGGAUCCGACACGGGAUAG